UUAUUCAAUUGAUCAUUGGGCAGUGAGCAAGCUGAACUGGGAAACCACUGGACCCAGCUCCUAUAUAAGACCCCUCCCAGCCACAGCCUUCUCUACACCUCAACAAGUCCACUUGUGAGAGAGAUCGAUCUCCCUGUAUCACAUUCACAGCUCUCCUCCUACACAUCCAUUCUCUUGAGUUCUCUCUCUCAGCAUAACCUGAAGAUGCCUCGUCUCUUCCUCUUCUGCUUGGUGUCUAGCCAGCUCGCCGUGACCACUGUCAUGGCGCGGCCGUUCCCCGUCUUCUUCUUCGACGGUGGCUCCGCGAUGAACAGCGUUGCAGAAGCUCCUUAUGCUCCAGCGGUUCGACACGCGCACUCCCUUCUGGAAUCCAGGUUUGCAGGAUCGCCGCUGAGCUCCCACCACGGCCAUCACAGCCCCUUCGACAAGACGUUCGCCGGAGGCAAGAUCAUAGUGGGGGGCCUCGCCGCUGCAGUCAUCGUCGCAGUCUUCUGCUACAUUCGCAUGACGAGGAGGAAGAAUGUCGUCGAGCCCAAAUCUUGAGGAAUGCCUGACAGUACUAUCAUGAUUUCUGAAAAAAAACACAAUUUUUCUUCUUCUACAGUACUGAGGAUAUAUGGGGAACAAGUGUAACCCCCUAGAUUUGUUGUAACAUGUAAACAAGUAUUUGUGACGAAUAGAUCGAUGAUUCCUAUCCUUUCUGCAGGCACAAUGUAAUCUAUCCGGUACUAAAAUCCUCUAAAAAAAAUUUAGCUUGGAAUUACAGUGUUCUUGGACUAAAUU